AUGUCCACCACAAUAGCAUCUGAAUACUCUAACGAAGUAAAAAAUGUACCCAUUGAACACCAGUUUAACCCAUAUUCAGACAAUGGAGGUACGAUUCUAGGGAUUGCGGGCGAAGACUUCGCAGUUCUAGCGGGUGAUACAAGACAUACCACGGACUACUCAAUCAACUCGAGAUACGAACCCAAGGUUUUCGACUGUGGCGACAACAUCCUUAUUUCUGCGAAUGGGUUUGCCGCAGACGGAACAGCCUUGGUGAAAAGGUUCCAAAACAGUCUGAAAUGGUAUCACUUCGAUCACAAUGACAAGAAACUGUCUAUGAAAUCUGCUGCUAGAAAUAUACAGCAUCUUCUAUACGGCAAGCGAUUCUUUCCGUACUACGUACACACCAUCAUCGCGGGACUGGACGAGGAAGGCAAGGGUGCGGUGUAUUCGUUCGAUCCCGUGGGUUCUUACGAGAGAGAACAAUGCCGCGCCGGAGGUGCUGCUGCCUCGCUAAUCAUGCCCUUCUUGGACAACCAGGUGAACUUCAAAAAUCAAUACGAACCCGACAGCAACGGUACCAAGCGCAGGCCCUUGAAAUUUCUUUCGGUCGAAGAAGUGGUACAGCUGGUAAGAGAUGCGUUUUCGUCGGCUACUGAGAGACACAUCCAUGUUGGUGACGGAGUGGAGAUUCUUAUAGUCACGAAGGAAGGUGUGCGCACAGAGUUUUUCGAGCUGAAGAGAGAUUGA